GCGGGUUCUCCGACACCGCUACGGAGUACAUGCAGGCCAACUGCUACGCAAGACUGAUGAUGAUCCUUAGUGGGUUGGGCAUUCAUCUCACUGAGACUUCAUCGGCGCCAAGCCUGACGGAAUUAUGUAUUUGACCUGACUUUAAUAUAACGUGGUUUGAUGGCGUGUUACUGCAGCAGAUAUUGAACUGUGCACAUCGACUAUCACCGAGAUAUAUUGAUAUAGUUUAGUAUACUUACGGAUGAGGAGGUUAUGAUUUCUUGUUUUCGGUUUUACCCUGGCAUGAACGAACCUCAUCGCACGCCACUUUUACAGAGACCCUACUGCCAAGCUAUGAGUACGUAUGCUUUGUGGUACACUCUAUAUGUAACAACAUUCGGAAUCGUGAGCGGUCAUACCCGCUUCCCCAGACGUUACUCCGCUCCAGCUACGGGAGGCACAGCUAUGGUAAAUGACAUGUUCCUGGCCAAGAGCACGAGUUUGCGCUUCAUCCUUGGGGCUCUCUCGGCAGUGUGGCCAAGGCGCCUGGAACUGUUGCGAGAUAUAACGAGCCAACGGCAACUGCUGCCCAGAGAAUGCUGAUCACAAUGAAGGGACAGGAUUUUCAUUGUGAGUGCCAGCGAUUAGAAUUUUAUGCCGUGCAGCGCCAUAUGUCAUUUGUGCUCGAGCCGGUGGGAGAUCCGAAGCUGGUCGGAUACGUACUGUCCGGGAUCGACAUCUUCUGGGGCAAGCUGGCAAGCAGUCCCCUCCGAGAAAGAGCUUGUAGGAGAGCUCCAUCGGGGGGUACACUAACACCGAAACUCCCUAUUAAAUAUCUUCUGCUUGUCGAUCGACGGCAGUAGUUGAGGACGAUCUCAGACAGGCCACGUCUGACAACCCGAGACACAAAAGCAGUCGUGCAGUUGCUGUUUACCUAAUAUAUUGAUCGUUUACUGCGCCACCUUACACACGACGCCCACGGUAGAAAGUGAUGAGGUAGGGGGGACAAUUGCCAAUCCCUCGGCGACUCUGGGCAAUUGGCUCGGCGUGGUUGUGGGAAGAGCAAGUUGUUCUUCAGGGUUUCAGCCAUCGAUCGACUUCGUAACUCUCAUUCAGUCACGAGACUUGGCUUAUCAUGAAAGGGGUUCCACCACACAAGGGGGACAUCUUAGUCGAGACCCAUGUUUAUAUGUGCAAGAUCACCAACAAUGCGAAAUUAAUUUCGAAAGGGAAGAUGAAACAACAAAUGAAAGACGCAAAUCAAAC